AUGAGUGACGCCUACGAACGUGAGCAGUAUGUUGCCCCUGGCACCGCUGGGCGAAGUAUCUCUCGUCUCUGUGAUCACCUUUUCGCUGACAUGUCUCCUACUAGGCAAAACAAUGCGCUCCUCAACUCCCUUUCAUCCAAAGUCUCUGCUCUCCGACAUGUAACGAUUGACAUCCAUGACAAUGCGCGGGAGCAGGACUCGCUCGAUAACUCGAACGAUGUUUUCUCUUCCAUGUCAACGAAUCUGAAGGGCAGUGCUUCCAGGCUGACAAGGAUGGCGAAACAAGGCGACACAGUGGCGGUGCUCAAGAUCGCAGGCAUGGUGAUCGGGGCCGGUAUCCUGCUCUAUAUCAUCUUGGGUUGGAUCUUCUAG